UCUAUGCUCUCUCUGCAUUGUCUAUGACAAAAUAAUAAAAUAACCUCAAAACUCAAUUUUUUUAAAUCAAAAUAACCCACCAAGAGUUCUCAAACAGGAAUUUAGAAAUUGUGGCGUCUUGUUUUCCAUGAAAAGAAUGGCUGCGUUAAGAAAAUACAUAGAUAUUGGAGCCAAUCUUACAGAUGAAAUGUACCAAGGUGUAUAUCAUGGCUCAAAAAAGCACGAGCCUGAUCUUGAAGUAGUAUUAGCCCGUAGUUGGAAUGCAGGACUGGACAAAAUGAUCAUCACUGGAGGCUCCUUGACUGACAGUAAAACAGCAAUCGAUCUUGCACGAUCAGACGCCAGGUUAUACUCUACAGUAGGCUGCCAUCCAACCAGGUGUAAUGACUUCCUAUCUGAUGCUGAAGCAUACCUACAGGGCCUUAGAGACUUGAUAACAGAAAAUCGUGACAAAGUUGUAGCCAUUGGCGAGUGUGGGCUGGACUAUGACAGGCUUAAGUUCUGUGAAAAAGAUGUUCAGCUCAAAUAUUUUGAGUACCAGUUGCAAUUGAGUCGGGAGUUCAAUCUACCUCUGUUUCUGCACUGCCGUGCGGCUGCAGAUGACUUGGUUGACAUACUGCAGAGGAACCGUGAUGACAUCGUGGGUGGAGUAGUGCAUUCCUUUGACGGUACCGAGGAAGCUAUGCAGAAAAUCCUGGACUUGGGAAUGUACAUAGGUAUUAAUGGAUGUUCCCUGAGAACAAAAGAGAACCUAGACGUGGCAUCAAAAAUACCUACAGACAGGCUUAUGAUUGAGACGGACUGUCCGUGGUGUGAGGUGAAGCCAACACACCCCGGUUACACUCAUGUAGUUACAAAGUUCCCUUCUGUGAAGAAGGAAAAAUAUACUAUUGGGUCUGACAAUCAGGUUAAAGGAAGAAAUGAACCAAUUAAUAUUGUACAAGUUCUGGAGAUACUAGCAGCUAUACGGAAAGAAAAUACGGAUGAAUUAGCAGCAGCUAUUUACGACAACACAAAUAGAUUAUUUUUUAAGAAAUUAAUUGUUGAAUAAUUUAUUAAAUUGUAAGAGAAGAUAAAAGAUUUGGUUACAAA